AUGGAUGACCGGCGAAAGACCACCGCCAAGGCACGUGACGAGAUAGCAGAGGUCGCUGCUAUUUCGUACUCCACAACAUACGCCAAGAACAAUGCGGCCACGAAGACGUGGACGGUGUGGACCAAGAUCAAGGAUGGGGUGGAACCAGCCCAGCCCUCCAGAAAGCGCCUGUAUGACAAUAUCGACCUAGCUCCAACAGAAGCGGUAGACACAAGGGCCGAUAAGGCGGACAAGCCAAACCAGGGCCAAAAUGAACUUGAUUUGCUUCGGAGCGCCGCCUGGAAUCCUGACGAUGGUGAGAUAUCAGCAAAUAGUGAUCCCAUUCUGCGAGCUCUUCGCCCUGCGAUAGGAGGCACCUUCACGCGGUGCAGGGCGUCAGUACUCCUGGUCUCGCCAGCACAGCGAGGAAGCUAA